AAAACCUACAUGUAUUUUUUAAAUGUGUUACUAUAAUAAAUGUACUUUAAAAAAUUUAUUUGGAUGGCAAAAGGGGAGAACAUAGGUGCUGUCAUCACUAAUGCACUUCCCGAAUGUCUUGACGGGGCAGAAGCCAAAUCCAGGAGCUGUGAACUCAGUCUUGGUCUCCCACAUGAAUGGCAAGAGCCCAGCUCUUUGAGUCAACACCACUGCUGCCUAGGGUCUGUAACUAGAGGGAAGCUGGAAUCCAGACCUGCAGCCAGGAGUCCAAUGCAGGCAUGAACAUGGAACCCAGGUGAGGCCUACACCUGUCUCUAAAUGUCCUUAAUUCUAUGAACCUUUUGAAGUGCCCUCAAACUGUAUUAUAGGAAUCAUGGGUAAGCCUUAGCAGACUACAAUAAUUAAGGUUUAAUAGUAAAACUGAAGACUUCAGAGAAAGAAGUAGAACUCAGAGAAAGUGGUGGACAUAAAGAAUGGUACAAUAAUAUCUAUCACUAUAAAUAAUAUUUGUCACUUUUACUAGUUGUUGAAUGGGAACCUCUUUGUUUUCAGAAUUUGUUCCACAACAAACCAUUUAUUAAGUUUUUCUUAAUGUGACUUGAUGAGUACAAAUUGUGAAAAGAUCAGAUCUUUCUAAAUUAGAAUUUAAAAUGAAAAUUUUAAAUGUUUAUCAUAGCAAGUAUUAGUGAUGGUGAGUUAUAAAUUGACAAUCAGCACAAUUUUUUUCCAUAUAUCAUGUCCCUUUGUUUUUCUCUAAAUUAGAGAAGUCAGUGUUAAGGCAUUACCAACAGAACUCAUAAACCUCAUAGAUUUGUAGUUAAAUUUUGAGGGCAGUUAAAUUUAAGUUGGUCUGACGUUUUUUCUCAAAAUGAAUCUCCUAUUUUAUGCAGUGUUUUUGCCCUGUUGCAACGGAUUUUUCUUUUUCCACAGCUGCUCUGCAUAAUAUAUUUCACCAAAUUCUUAACAUUUUUCUUCCCACAUUCCCUGCUUACAGUUUGUGCUCUCUACAGUAUCAGUAUUCCUUUGAAAUCUACUCUGCAUCUUUUCUCAUGGGGAUUUGAUUUGCCACCUUCCAGGACCUCAGUGCCAUCUUUAGGAGUUACUGGACAAACUAUGGCUCCUCGAUCCCAGAGACGAAGGCACAAGAAACCUUCUUCAUCAGUGGUUCCCACAGUUGUCACCCCACCCACAGUUGGGACCCCUGUACCUCUAACUCUCUCAAAACCUGGCCCUAGUAUUGACGCCUUGGGAUUCUUCUCCUUGGAAAACAAUGUCCCUGGCUUAUCGCAGCUGAUCCUUCAAAAGCUGAACAUGAAAAGCUAUGAAGAAUACAAGUUGGUCAUAGAUGGAGGGACCCCAGGAUCAGGCUUUGGGUUCCGGAGUCCUCAGGAAAUGUUCCAGAGGAUGGAGGACACAUUUCGCUUCUGUGCUCACUGUAAAGCACUCCCCAGCAGCCUUCCAGAUUCCAAGGUUCUCCGGCACUGUAAGAGGUGCAGAAAUGUGUACUACUGUGAUCCAGAAUGCCAGAGGUCAGACUGGCCAGCACACAGGAAAGUUUGUCGAGAGCUUCGUCUUGUGGCCGUGGACCGUCUCAUGGAAUGGCUUCUGGUCACAGGUGACUUUGUCCUACCCUCAGGACCUUGGCCAUGGCCAGCUGAAGUUGUACAGGACUGGGAUACCUGGUUUUCUAUGAGGGGGUCACAGUUAGAUACUACACUGGAUGCUGUGCUAGGUACUCAUGCCAUGAACACCCUGUGGGCCAGUGCAGGACGCCCAAAGCCAGACCCGGAUGUCUUACAGGGCUCAUUGAAGCGACUUGUGACCGAUGCCCUGUCCCGGCCCCUGACACUGGGCCUAGGGCUCAGAACCAUGAGGAUAGACACUGGGAAGCCUGGAGGAGGCACAGUGCAUGUGGUUGGUGCUUCUCAUGUGGAGACAUUUCUCACUAGCCCUGGAGACUAUGAUGAGCUUGGCUACAUGUUUCCUGGUCACCUUGGCCUUCGUGUGAUCAUGGUGGGUGUAGAUGUGGCUACUGGUUCUUUAAAGAGCACUCCAGCUUCAACUUUGGAACCUGGCACAGUUCAGCUUAGUGGCCACAGGGGCCUCUAUCAUGACUUCUGGGAGGAGCAGGUAGAGACUGGGAAGAUAUCCUACCCAGAUUUGGUAGUCGCAUUUCAUCCAGGUUUCCAUGCCUCUGUGGAUCUGAUGGAGGCCUGGUUGCCCACCCUGCUGUUGCUUCGUGAUUAUGAGAUCCCUACGUUGAUUACUCUUUACAGCCACCAGGAGUUGGCAGCUUCUUUGCAGAUUCUGGCGGACCUGGGUGUGCACAUCAUUGCCUGUGGAGCCAAUCCUUUCGCAUCCCUCAAACCCGAACAGGUGUAUUCCAACCCCAACAAGCAGCCAGUCUACUGCUCUGCCUACUAUGUUACAUUUCUUGGCAGUACCUGCCAGCUGGAGAAGAAAUAAUUGGAAGAGGCAGUGGAUAGUGUGGGUUUAAAUAGCUAAGCCAGAUUCCAACUAGACUUGAGGGAGUGCAAGAAUGAGCUAGUCAAGGAAGUUGUAGAAACCAGAAAAAAAGUUGUCAGGAUAACAGGUUUUCUUUUUUUUCCUGGCUUUUUAAGAAAAAUACCUCAUUUUUCUGUUUUGGUUCAGAGAAAUCUGAUGUCCAAGAUGUUCCUGCGUACGUCAGACCUUACAGAAUAGAUUAUGAUUGUUAUCCCCUUUUCUACUGUAAUAAACUCAGUUUGGCAUUGCUUAA